UCACUUUUUAUAUUUUUGUUACUAAUUAAUUUAUUAAUUACAGCAAAGAACUAAUGAAAACCAAUAGUUUGCUGCAGCGCAGGAUCCUGGAGCUGGAGCGGGAUCUGGCCAUGGAGAGGGCCGCGAAGGAGGUCGCCAUUAGGCAGGUGGAGUACGAGCGGUGCCUCUCGGCACGGGAGCCCGGAAUGUCUGCAGAUGGUUAUACAGGCACGCUGAAGCGCGCAGCCGCAGCCCCGGAGGACGACGAGGCUGGUGCCAAAAAAGCUGCUGUGUUGCCUGCGGCAUUGCCUCGGACAGAAGCUGUGCCAGUUGUUGGGCCAGCAGUUGGAGUUGUAGAGGCUCUCCAAAUGGGAGUGCUGGCCCAGCAACUGGCACAGCCUUUGCCCGAGGCAAUGUUGCAGGUGGCACAGCCAGAGCCACAGCCAACUCUGCAGGUAAAACAGCCAUCGCCAAGCCCAGAGCUUCCGCCCCCGCUGCUGGCGGUGGAUGUGCCGGAGAAAUGUGGAGGAUGUGCCAACCCGAAAAUAAGCCACAACGUCUGGCACGCAAUUUCUGUUGCGCCAAUUGUGGCAACUUUUUUCUUAAAUCGAGGAAAGCGAAUGAGGCGCACUAUGCGAAGUGCAUCGCCAAGUUUUUGCCCAUUGUAUGCGAGUGUGGCGCAAAGUUCGCAACUGCCCUAAGAUUGCAAGCGCACAAAAAUAAAAAUUUCUGCAAAAGUGGGCACAGCCGG